CCCAAGGAAGAGAUGUGUAGCCUCCAGAUAUUGCAAAAUCAUGGCAACAUUCAUGGAACGACUGUCUUUCCUUCAAAAAGUUCCCACUCUGAUGAAAGCAACAGCACAUGACGAAAAGCCCUGUCCUGGCUACCUCUUUGAAGAAAUCGGAAAAAUCUCCCAGGAGUCCACUGGGUGUGGUCAGUGCCUGUUGGAGUACCUGUUGGAGAGGCUGCAGGUAGAAUCCUGCCAUGUCAAAAUAAAGGUUCUGAAGAUCUUCGUCCAUCUCUGUGGCCACGGAUCGCCUCACUUUCUAACGGAACUCAGACGGAACUCCACCUUCAUCCAGCAGGCCUCAGUUUACAGUGGUCCUCUUGACCCCAUCCAUGGCACUGCUAUGUACCAGAAAGUGAGGGCCACAGCACAGGAGUUGGCCAGGUUACUCUUCACAGAGACAGUCUCUCCCCAGAGCAGCACAUCUCCAUGCAAACUAGCCAUGGCUAACAUGGGCAUGGGGUCGGAGUCUGCCCACGGAUCCAGAAUGCAGGGGUUUGGCUACAGCCCAGGGAAGAACAUAACAACAGGUGGUGAGACCCUGAUGGACAAGAUCCGCAAGGCUACUGAGUUUGUGGCCAGUGCCGUCCUGCCCCCGAUGGAACACCAGGGUAUCCGUCUCCAUGACAACCACUACCGGGCGGUGGUGGCGCCUUCGGGCCCUGUAGAGGUGGCAGUGCCAGCAUGUGCCUACACUGUGCCUCCUCACAGACCCAAAGUUUCCCAGCGGUGUCCAGGGCAGGUGGGCGGGGGCUGGGAGGAGAUUGACAGCGGCCAUAGCUCCUCCCACAACUCCUGUCAGGAGAACGCAGACCAUAGCCAGGUCUUAGGGGACAGAAGCAGCAAUUCGGGUGGCACCGGGAGCCAAUCGGGAGCCAGUAGGGAGAGCUCCGGAGACCUAUCAGAACGGGUGGAAGCUAUGCAGUUAGGGGACUGUGGCCAGGAGAUGGCGCUGAUCAGCAGGAUGACUGAGGGCUCCAAGGUCUUCCUGUCCAGAGAGGAGAACCAGCACUUCAUCAAGGAGUGUUCCACUCUGAACUGUGAGGUGGUGGUGGAGCUGCUCUCUCGCAGACUGCAGGACCCGUCACAGACUGUCCAGAUGAGGGCGCUGUGUGCUGUGGCCUGUCUCAUGACCUCUGAUCUGCUGUCUCUGGAGCAAAUCUUCGGGGUGACCCAGAGGAGGCUGGCCCAGCUGAGUGAGGGACCCCCAGGGCCUGUAACCAAUAAGACCACCAAGAUCCUUCGUCAGUUUGAGGCUCUGAUGGGCGGGCCAAUCACUGGUGCCGGUCGUGAUGCAGCAGCAGCCAAUGGUGUUCCUCCCUCCUCCUCGGACCAGCCCCCCACUCCCAAAAGUCCCGCACUUCUACUGCCAACACGCCCAGGUGACAUCACUGUCUUUAACCAUCACAGAGGGAGAGACCCUGAGACUGAGCACUCACCACAACCCCCUCCCCUGCCUGACCUGGGCUGGGCCCAAAGGGGUACACCUGAGAGGUUACUAAAUCUCGACCUUGAUGAUGAGGAGAGAGGGUCUGCUAGUCAGGAUGAAGAGUUUGUGGACAGUCAGACUGGGUUCAGGACUGGUGAGACCCAGCUCACCUCAGAUCUUACAGUUAAAGACCCAGAGCUCCAGACAGAGAGGGACCCCAUCCGAGUCACGGACCCCCAGAUCGAGCAGCCCUGUGGGGGUAGACUCUCUUUGUUCAGUGGCAUGGAGCUGGUGACCAGAGGGAGGUCUGUGUGUCCAUCAACCCUUACAGAGAGGAACGGAGACCUGCAGCCUCAGGCGGAAAAGAGAGACAGGAGGGAGCGUCUGAUCCUUGAAACGGAGAGCGUUACCCCUACAAACACACCGCUACUCUGUCUCGAUGACAUCAGCGAUACAACGCCUACAUACGACCUCACGCCCACCAGCAGCCAAUCAGCCUCAGCCUUCUCUUUCCUUAACCUCUGACCUUCAACACAAAACAGUAAUGGUUAGGAUAAUACUGGCACCAUACAGUGAGGGAAAAAAGUAUUUGAUCCCCUGCUGAUUUUGUACGUUUGCCCACUGACAAAGAAA